AUGACUGAAUUGGCUGCUGAAAAACUAUUGGUGAACUUCGGUGCAGAAAUUCUCAAGCUUAUUCCAGGUCGGGUGUCAGUUGAGGUAGAUGCAAAACUUUCUUUUGACACCGAUGCGACAAUCAUCAAGGCCAGGCAUCUUAUUUCACUUUUCAAGGAAAUUGGUAUUGAUAAGUCACGA